GAGACAGAGCAAAAACAGGGUGACAUAAUUAAACGUAAGCCACAACAUAUGUAACGCGUAAGAAACCAUAACUACCGUUGACGCCGGACUCUUUCAAUUUCAAGUCACCACCACCACCACCACCACCAUCAUCACAUCCCUAUCUCUAUAUAUAUUUACAUUAUAUCUCUCCUCCAUCUCCCUCUCUCUCUCAUCUCUCUCUCUCUCUAAAGAUCAAUCAGAUCAUACAUAUAUACACCAUGCAGGAGGCAAUCCCUUACAAGACUUGGCAACCAAUUUCCACACAAACCCCAAUCAACCGAUCGCCUCCGAAAACAGAGACUGUUAAUGGUGGAGUUGAUAAGGGGACAAAAGAGUAUGUGAAGAAAUUGGUGGAAGAGAACGCAGUGAUUGUGUUUGGUAAAAGAGGGUGCUGCAUGAGCCAUGUGGUGAAGCGUUUGCUUCAGGGUCUGGGUGUCAAUCCAGCCGUGUUCGACGUCGAUGAAGACGAUGAGGCUGCUGUGGUGGAGGAGCUGCAGGUCGUGAUCAGUUCGGCUGGUGUGGACGGAAAAGAUGGCGGGUUGCAGUUUCCGGCGGUGUUCAUCGGCGGACGGUUGUUUGGGGGUUUGGAGAGGAUCAUGGCCACUCAUAUUACCGGAGAGUUGAUUCCAAUUUUGAAAGAAGCAGGGGCUUUAUGGCUUUGAAUUUUUUUUUUUUUUUUUUUUUUUUUUUUUUU